CUUCAUUGGACGACUUCUUUCCAGGCCCGAAAUGUGCAGCAAUGUCGCACACCAGUCGUCAAGCAUCUUGCUGGUUAGGCAGCUCGUGGAAGCUACGGUCAUUUGGAAGCAGGCAGAGCCUGCGAUUUGCUACUUCAGAUGUUGGAGUGGCCAUGGGGCAGUCGCAACACAAUACUCAUUUGUCACAGCUUCCUGUGAAAACCCUGGGCCGACUGCUUGCACAGCCGGGGGCCUUGAAUAGUGUUGACUACCAGGCAGCCGUGAGGUUGGCAAUGGAGCAGGUAGAUGCAAUGGAUGGCAAGGACUGCAUUCGAGUGUUGGGCGCCUUGAAGAGUGUUUCAGAGACAUCUCGGCCAGAUGCAGCGUCCUUGCAGAGUCUGGGUGUGCAACUCUCGGAGCGGCUAGGGGAGAUUUCCAGUAACGACAUGGCGGAGUUGGCCGAGAACCUGGCUUCGGUCUCGGCUCCGGUGGCCCCAGUCUUUGCGCGUCUCUCAGCGGCCUUCAGUAGCCGUGUCUCAGCUGCCAACCCUCGGCAGCUGACGAAGGUGGCUUCCGCCUUCGCAAGGGCACGCUUAGCGGAUCGCCGCUUGAUGCCGCGGCUCGCGCAAGGCGCGCUGAAGCAGCUUCACCUUUUCGCGCCGCAAGACCUUUCUGCUUUCAUCUCCUCGUUUGCUGCCGUGGGCUUGUGUCAUGAGCCGUUGCUGACAGGGUCGGCCAAAGUGGUUGUGCAGCUUGGUCCACGGUUGUCAGCGCUGGAUUUGGCACUGGUCGCUUUCUCUUACGCUCAGUUUUUUCUUGUUUUCCCAACCGUGGUAUCACUUCUGCAGGAGAGACUCCCCAGUUGUGCCCACGAACUGCCUCCAGAACGCUUGGCAGAGCUAAGCGUUUCCUGCGCGAGACUCGAAGUACGACCGAUGAAUUUGUUGUCAAUCUUCGCACGGAACUUAGAUUUGUCCUGCCUCAGCAAUGAGCUCUUGGGACAGGUUUCCAAGUCCCUGUCCUUGCUGGGCUUGGCUUCCUCACCAAGCAUCAGCACUCAGCUUGAACAUGAGUUUCGCCAAAGACUGGGGCAGAAGUUUGAGGCACAGACAGAAGCAUGGUGGGCAGUAGAUGUUUUGGAUUGCCUGGCAGCCGCUGCGGACGAUUCAAGACUGAAUCAAGGAGGAGUUGUCUCCCUGUUCUGGCGAAGUGUUUUGGAAUCCUUGUGCCCCUUGCUGUCAGACUUGAUCCCAAGCUUCACUGCAGCAGAAGCAGCCACAUGCUAUCGCUCUCUGCGGCAACUACCUCCUUCACUGGUUCGGAUUCACCAAAGCACAUUGCCCGUCCAUGAGCAGUUGGCACUUCGUUGCCUCAGUCUUGCGAGCGUGGAGGCCUUCAGUUUUCCACAUCUAACGUCGGUUGCUUAUUCCCAAUUCUGUUUGUACCCGCACCUUUGCCUGGAUAAGGAGAUGGAUGGCCUUUCGAACCCUUCUUGGAGGUCUCUCACUUCUAGCUGGAAAAUCACCUCAGAUGCAUGGUCGGUGGCUGUGGAAGAGGUGGCCGAGGUAAGCGAACUGGAAGCCCAGGGCCGUUUCCAGGCAGAGGUUCUGUCAAUGAUUUUCGAUCUCUUCGACCAACCUGGCCUUCCACUACAGACCUCUCAACAUCGCCCUGUGGCUUUGGAGCUCCAGGAACAUAUCAGGGCCACUGGCCAUGAAGUGAAGGGUCCUGUUUGGGAGGGCCCCUUUGAGAUCCAUGCACAAAGUGGAACUACUGCCUUUUGCCUGAUGCCAACGGAGGCCUACUUCAGAAAACUCCCUGGCGAUGUGACCCAUGUGACGCAGCAGGGGCUGCAAGAGAACAGUGAACUUCAUGAGUUGUGUCACGAGCGCUUUGCUCAGAUCUCUUUGUUAAGGUCACGCGGUUGGAACGCUGUGCCUGUCGCCUUUGAAACUUGGCGGCGCCUGGACUCCGCGCAAAGAUUGGCGUUGCUAGAGGAGAUGCUACGAGAAAAGAUGAGGACUUGGCCAGAGCAAAAAGACAUGUGCUUCUGGGCUGGGCAGAAAAGGUUAUAUACCCUCUCUCCAACAAACACGGAUGGAACCACCGGUUUUUGUAGAGGAACGCAGUCCUUAAGGGGUCCAUUUUCCCCUUUCAGGAUUGUUAAUUAGCCUGUUGGGACUGCCCUUGAGAGUCUUACAGGCCUGUCCGCUUUGAGUAACAUCAAGAAAGCGAAAAAACCCUCAGCUCUCUGACAAACAGGCUUCCAUUUGUCAUGACUCUUGAUUGGUCGCUACCCUUAUGAUUCGAU